AUGCCUCAAGGCGAAUAUAUGGAACGCUGGCGCAAGCAGCAUGGCAAACGAUUUGAUCACGAUGAACGUGCACGAAAGCGCGCCGCUCGUGAAGGCCAUGCCGCGUCUGAUCGCGCCCAAAAUCUUCGAGGGCUGAGGGCCAAAUUAUAUGCGGAGAAACGACGAAAGGAGAAGAUCCAAAUGAAGCAGAAGAUAAAAGCGCACGAGACACGGAAUGUCAAAUCCAAGGAGCCCGCGGAGCCAGCUACAGACGCUGUACCGGCCUAUCUACUAGAUCGAUCCUCCGAGAAGAACGCAAAGCAGUUGAGCAGUGCUAUCAAGCAAAAGCGCAAUGAGAAAGCGGCCAGAUUCUCGGUUCCCAUCCCUAAAGUGAAGGGGAUCUCAGAGGGCGAGUACCUUGGUCCCAGUUCUGAGCAUUAA